AUGACAAAGGGCUACACAAACGAAGCGACCACUAUGUGGGCAACUCGAGGCGGUCAACGACCUCUCGCUCGCCCAAAAUGUGGCUACACUGGAACUGAAUGUCCAAAGCCAUUUUGGGAGCAGUAUGGUAUAUACGUCAUAAUUGGAGCCGCUGUGGUUGGAGUCGUGCUAAUUGCUUCUGUAAUUUUCAUCGUAUACGUAAUAAGAACUCGAAAGAAGGAGCAAGAGCGGCAGCGCCUGUUAUGGCAGAUACCUUACAUGCAGCUGAGAAAACCUCCCACCUCGCGUGAACUUCAACAACAGAGCAAACGUUCACUUCAAUCUGGUAAAUCGGUGCUUGACACGGGAGAUUCAAAGCUCACAGAAUCGAAUUUUGGCGACUACGAAAUAUAUUUCUUAGAAGGCAACGCUGUCUUAACCACAAAAUAUCCAGUGACCGGUCUUACCGAUGAAGACGGAUCCAGAUUCCCACAGAUGAGGAGAUUGGAUCAUGAUAAUGUUAAUCGCUUCAUCGGGCUCUCAGUUGAUGGCGCCGAAUAUGUGGCUAUUUGGCGCAUGUGCUCCAGAGGCACUCUCCAGGAACUAAUCUCAAAGGGUUCCCUAUGGUUCGAUCCGUUUUUUAUGCUGUGUAUAAUGAGGGACAUCGCUGAGGGUACUCGAUAUCUGCACAACUCUAUCAUCGGAGCCCAUGGUCGUCUCCGAUCGGAGUGCUGUUUGGUCACUGAUAGCUGGCAAGUCAAGAUAUCGGACUAUGGGACCGGGUCAUUGCGAGAAGAAGAUCGCCUCAAGAAAAAACGUCUACUAUGGAUGGCUCCUGAACAUCUUCGAUCCCCCGAUACCUCUUCGAAGGCAUCAAAAGAGGGCGAUGUAUACUCGUUCGCUAUUAUUGCCUCAGAGGUUGUAACUCGAAAACCAGUAUGGAACUUACACGAGCGCAAAGAGCGAAUUGAUGGUGAGUAG